CGUGGAGCAGGCACAGCAUGGUAUUACUGGGUACGUGCGCAGCACCAUCGGCCAUCCGUUGGGCCGAGCGAGCAUACAGGUGAAUCAGCUGGAGCACCGGACCUAUACCACGGCCGAAGGUGACUUCUACCGGAUGCUACUGCCCGGACUGUACAACGUUACGGCCGAAGCCGACGGCUACGAACCGCAGACGCUCGAGGUACGCAUCGAACCGGAAGCAGAUCGUGCGGUGAUCGUUGAUUUCCAGCUCAUGCGCAACGACCCCCAACACUGGUCGUCCGCGUACGACUACCGGACGCUGGAUAACGUCAUCAAGACACGGUACCAUACCGAUACCGAGCUGAAAGCGACGAUGGCGGAGCUCGAGAACAAAUACUACAAAACCGUUUCACUAGAGCUGGCCGGCAAUGAGGUGUCGAUGGCGUACCCCUCGAUAAAGGUGACCGAUUCCAUUGGGACACCGGAAGAGACGAAGCUACACAUUCUCAUCAUCUCCUCCCUCUUCCAAACCGUUGCCGUCGGUCGCGAGAUGGUGAUCAAUCUGGCACGACACGUGCUGGCUGGGUACGUGAUCAAGGAACCGCUGCUCAUCAAGCUGCUGCAGAAUGCCGUGCUGCACUUUGUGCCGGUAAAGAAUGACUUCGAGGAGAUCCUGCACCAGUAUCAGUCGAACUCGAACGGGUCCUUGUGUAAUCCUACCUUGCAUACGGACGAGCUAGCCGAUAAGCUGCUGAGUGCCGAGACGGACCACGAAAAGGACAUGUUCCUGCGGAUGCUGAAGGAAGAGCAUUACGAUCUGGCACUUACCUUCUCCGCCGGUGGAUACGAUGUACUCUACCCGCAGACGGAAGACCAGGUUGCGAUCUACUCGCGAUUUGCGGAGAAAAUCAAGGGCCACAAGUUCCAGGACCAGAGUCAACAACCGUGCAUGGUCGAUGCGGGUCAGUUGCACCAGACUGACGCAACGCGUCGGGUCACGAACGCGCUGCACAAGCUGUACGAGGUGCCGCUAUUCACGAUGCAGCUCGGUUGCUGCAAGAUGCCGCCAGAGAACGACAUUGCCACCGUGUGGCGCCACAAUCUGGAGCAUAUGGUCGCGUUUCUACGCCUGAUUGAUACCGGAAUCCAGGGAUACGUACAGGAUGAGCAGGGUCAUCCGCUACGCAAGGCUUUACUGCGGGUUCGCGGUAACAAUCUGAUCUACAAAGUGACACCGAAUAUGGCGCACUUCCGUAUGGUGCUACCGUCCGGCCCGAUGGAGAUCGAGAUCAGCUGCUUCAACUACACCUCCCAGAUCAUACCGGUGACGCUGCGCGACAACGAGAUUCACGAUCUGGGCAUUAUUCGUAUGCAGGAGGCAGCACGAUCGCGAGAAAGUAUCGUUGCAGCCCCGGAGCAGCACAAGGAGUUUGCGGUGCUGCAGCCAAGCGAUACGAUGAAAAUGUUCCCUCAGGAUGGUGGCGUAGCGCUUACUCCUCUCGUCAGUGGGAUCGUGCUGGACGAUGAGAAUCAUCCGUUGCCGAACGCGAAGGUGUACAUUACGGACGCGAAGGAUCGCGAUCAGAUCCUGGCAACCGGUACUACGGGUCCCCUUGGAAAGUUCCACUUCGAUGGCAUACCGGCACAAAAGCAGAUCGUCAUUCACGCCGAACCCUCCGGUUACAUGGCCGGUGAGAAAACGAUCGCCCAAGGUCCGCUCGGUGGUAUGAGUGGGAUCGUGUUCCGGUUGCCACGCGAUGAGCGUAUCCUCGGCAUUCCACGGUUGUUGUUCGUCAUCCUAGCCGGUUGUGCUGCAGUCGGCCUCAUCGCUGGUGGCAUCCUCUGCUUCACCUACAUUCAAUCACGUCGCCGGAACUCGCGCUACUACUACAAUUUUUCGCUGCUUCCGCAGAAGGGCGAAAUGAACCGGAAGCUGUUCGAUGAUGACGACGAAACGGAGCUGUUCCGUGCUUCAACCAAAAAGCUGCCGGCAUACUUUGACGACGAGCGGGAACCCAUCACUGACACCAGCGAGGAGGAUAGCGAGGAGGAGAUUGUGAUGCUGAAUCCAUCUUUCCGCAGCGCGAGCCAAACUUAACCACUUGCCGUAUCCCUCACUCACUCACUCACUCUCUCUCUAUCCAUCUCUCUGUCUCUCAUUAUCUGUGUGAGCUAACGGGUCCAACUUUCGUUUUCCAACAUCCUUCUAUUGAAGGACCAACACUCGGAAUUGACACUCAGUGAUAAAACAGAAUAGGUACAACGUUCCGUGGCAAAAGAUGUGAUGUCCCAGUGCACGGUGUAGUCAGGCAUAUGGGUCAAGUACUAGGUGAGGCCCCGCUCGAUCGGUGAUGCCGAUGAUGAUGACGAGGUACAGCGAUACAUUCCACACUGGUGGGACGGGAUUGAACCAUACAAACAUAUUGCUGCUAGGCGAGGAGAAUUAAGGUGCCUUCACCCUCUUCUGCCUAACCGUACCGUUGUGUGAUAAUGAUCGGUAGUGAAUACUUACAUAUGGAAUUGAAAUUGAAAGAUCUGUUUUGUGUCGUGAAGGCGUGCUUGCGAAUAGUAGUAGCUGUUGGCCGAGAGCCAUUUUUAGAAUAAUUUAUUAUUGUUUUUAGGAGAAACAACAAUAAAAGUGCCCGUACGUGUUGCAUAAUAAAUCA